CUUGUCAGCAAUGAUGACUUCCUCAUUACCUCCAGUUUUAUUGUAGGAAAGCAGUUGUGUCCAGGAGAGGUGAUUCCUGGAAGAUGAGGUCUUGUGUAAGCUGAUGUUGGGGGACGUCAAUCUGUAAUAUUGGGCGUGUGAAAGUAUGGAAUAAAGCUGCAAUGUGACCUACUUUCCCAAGGCGCACCCCCCCCUACACACAAGCCCCCCAGCCCUUUGGAGAGGCCGAAUGAUGAAGUGGCACAAGUGAGCCUCUUUGCUUUUUUGCCCGAGAAGUUUAUUCCGCCACGCCUCACUGCAUCAGGCUGCACGCCGGCGACGGGGGGCAUGGCUAGGAAGCCGGGUGAUGGGUUUGGAUGGCGGCGCCGGACCCAAAAGGAGGCGGAGGCAGCUGCAGCAGAAGAAGAAGAAGAUGAUGAGCUGGAGGGGUGCGCAGGUACGAAUGGAAUCCUUGACGUGGGAGAACAUGGACUUGUGGGGAGCGUGGAUCCGUGGGAUCUCUCAUCCUCCCAGGAUAUCCUGGAGGACAUCAGCCUCCUUGAGGAGCUUAAGGAUUACCAGCAUCUUUUGGCAGAAGGUGAACAGAGCUUAGACCUGGGUGAACUCCAAGAUCUGGAAUGUGUAGGAGAAGCCAGCCCUGGGAGCCCCCAACCUGAAGAUGGUGAAAACCGAGAGGAUUGUGGGAGCUCAGAGGACGUAAGACCAGUUUCUUACUGGCAUCGACAAAGAGAGCAACAGAUGGGCAUGAAAGAAGAUGGCCAGGACCAAGGGAGCUCAGAAGAACUGGAGAAACCAGGAGACAUUUCGGGGGCGGGCAGUGAGGGAGAAGCCUACCCCGAGCUUUCUUAUGAGGGUCAGUACGGUUCGGAAUAUAGUGCCAGCCCCGAAGCUCAAGGGGACCCUCUGGCUUGUUAUAAACAUGGCAAAUCCUGCAACUUUACCUCAGAGGGGGAGGAGGACUUCUCGGAGCACUCCCACUCUAGUCCUUCUCCCUCCAGGCUUCCCGCAGAGCACACCCGCUUGAAAAUAGAUGUCUUUGAGACACGGAGUUUGCUUGGCAGCAGCAUGGAGUAUCCUGAGGAAAUGGAGUUCUCCUCCCCGUCUGGGAGAAGUCCAGAGAGUCACACGCUGAGUUCCCCAGUAGGCUCCACACGCUGGAGUCAGAACCUCUUGGACCGUCUGUCUUUAGAAGACCUUCAGGACUCCCCGGGCAUUGAUGCCGAGACCUUCCCAGAAUCGUCCUGCACGGAGUACCUGGGUGAACCUUUGGGAGCUGUUGCCAUGACGCCCAGCCCUUUAACCAGAACGAAGCCUAAAGAGAGACCUUGGGGCGCAGCGGAGGUGACGGAGAUGCCUCACGCCCCUGUGCGAGUUGGCAACCGGCCACCAGAAAGAGCGCGGAAGCUGAAAGCGGAUGUGCCCCGGGGGCUGCCGUCAAAAUUUAGCAGGCAGUCCCGGUCUCUCAGCCCUCGGGGGCGUGCCGUGGGGAGAAAGGCAGAUCGGCCGAGCUCGACUGAGCCUAGCCAAGCUGGCCGACUGGCCCCAGUCCCGAGUGACACCUCACGGUACGGCCGAGGGCAGCUCAACUACCCGCUUCCGGAUCUGUCCAGAGUGGAGCCCCGUGUCCGAUUCCCCAGGGACCCCCCGAGCUACCACCCGCCCAGGGGAAAGACCCUCCCCGCCAAGGCCAAAGAGUCCGUGAGGCCAGUGGUCUUCAAAUCCCCUGCCGAGAUUGUCCGCGAGGUUCUGCUGAGCAGCGGGGAGGGCUCCCCCCAGAAAUGCCCGACCCCCACCGUGUCGGUGAUUCCCGAGGAGCUGAAAUCUCCAAGGCAAGCCACGGAGUUGGUGCAUCAGCUUCAGGAGGAUUACCACAAACUGUUGACCAAGUAUGCCGAAGCGGAGAACACCAUUGACCGGCUACGGCUGGGGGCCAAGGUGCGCCUGUAUGCCGACCCUCCGAAGCCCAGCCGUGAGAUGCAGAGGGGGGCGUUGCCUCGAGGCUCCAAGGUCUUGACCUUCAGCAUCCCCCAGGUCCGAGCAGCGGAAGUGACGGGGAGCUCCGGUCCCGCCCCGGUUGCUGCAUGGAACGAGGGAUUGUCAGGAGAGCAGAUGACAUCUUCUUCCCUUCCUAAUUCUGUGGCCACUGGGGUUUCCAGAGCAGAUGGACCCAACUCCAUUGCCCAGCCUUUCUCGGGAGAUCAUUUGACACGUGUAUUAGCUGCCCAAGUGAGGAAAUUUCAGACACAGGUGGAAUCCUUGGAGGAGUUAAUUUGGACGGGGAGGCUGACACCACAGGACCAGCUAAAGGGAUUUGCAAGGCUGAAGGAAGCUCAGGCCGCCCUGGAGAGGGCUUACCUGCAGGCCCGAGAACAAUCCCGGCAGGUGCAGAACCACCUGGAAUCUGCUGAGGUGCUUGGAGAUUUUGACCCAGAUCGGGUGGUGGAAGGGGAGAUCUUCCGCCUGGAGAUGCGCUUGGAGGAGCUGAAGGAGCGGCUUGAUCCAGCUUUGCAGAACCAGCUGGUUGCCCAGAGCAACUCUGAGGAAGCCAGAUCCCCUGGUUGUCUGCCAUCGCAGGCUUCGGCAGCCCAGAUGAGGUCCCCGACUCCAUCCAUACAAGCCCCGACCCCAGCCCUUCGCACUCCGUACCCUGAGGCUCCCAUCCCCAAAGACAGCCGCUACCAAGUCUGUGUGGAUGCCGAAGUGAGCUCGGUCAGCAGCGAGAGUGAGGCAGACGGGGAGGGCAUCCCUGACCCUCUGCGGCACAAGCAGCUCCAAGUGGAGGAGGAUUUUGAUCACCUGCUAGACCACUAUAGCAGCUUCAAGUCUCUUCCAGAAGCGAUGAGCUUGGAACAGCUGCAGCCGGACAAACGGCACUUGUCCCCGGAGGACGUGGACGGUCCAACUGCAGGGGAUGCUGGGACAAAGGACAGCUCCCGCAGAAUGGCAGCUAACAUGAACGGCACCGCUCGCAUCUCAUCCUCGCAGCAGCCCCGAGAGAGGCAGCCUCCUGACCUGCCACCCAGAAAGCGCCGGCCGCCGGCCUCCCGGCUCAGCGGCCUGCCCUCCGUGGAGGUGGAGGAGUCGGUUCCUCGGGGCUCCGCUGAGAAUAAGAGGGCCUCGACUGCAGUUCCCAAGCCAACCUCCAGGAGGCAGCAGGAGCCGCUCUCCCCACAGAGCAGCAUGGCCAGCAUCGCGGGCAGCAUCGCCUCGGAACGGGCCGGCCAGAAGUCCUUCCGGAAGACGAGCCCAGCACUGCCCGAAGAGCUUCGCAUUGUGUCCCCAGAGACAGACAGCGGGUUCGUGGGGUCAGAAGCCAGCCGGGUCUCUCCCUUGGCUCAGGUGCCAAAGUACCAUUCAUCUCACAUUAGGUCCCGUGGCAUGCAGGGGAAAUAUGCUCUGACAGCCGAUGCUGCUCCCACCGCCGUCCUCCAACCAGCAUCUCGGAGGAAAGAACCUGUUGAGGUGGAACCCCUAGCGACGGACACGUUGUCCAGGAAUGGCCCAGCUGAGGGCACCGUGGAGAGGCACGGCCCGCCCGGUGACAGAGGCCCACUCCAGGCAGCCUCCCCUCCCAGGUGGACAGAGAGCAUUGCCAGCGAGGUGGAGCCGGACACAGAGAGCACUCGCUCCGACUCUGACAUGCAUGGUGGACUUGGCACUUUCAAAUCCCCUCCCAAUGAAGCGAGAUGUUCUCCGCCCAGUUCCUCUGCCCCAUCACUUUCUGCAGCUCAGGCACUCUGCUACAGUUUCCUCGAUUCGCGCUUGGAACGAGACCAGGCUAUUGCAGCUCUACAAAAUGAAGUCUCCCAGCUACGGCAAAGUCUGGCGGAGACCCUCUACCGACCUCACAGCCCCCCAAGGCUGUCGUCAUCCCCACGUACCUCUAGGGCCCGUCUGCCGUUCCAGGACAGCGCCCGCUUCCGAAAGAGUGCCAAUCCAAAGAGCAAAACUUUAGGGGAAAGCCGACUCGGCCCUGAGGAUCCAGCUGUGACCAUUGAGCCGGAGAGGUGGAGGAGGAAAGCAUCGCUCUCGCAAGAUGGGACCCAGCUGGAGAUCACCCCUUCGGAGUCGGACUGUUCUCUGCCCAAGCCCUGGGGAGGAAAGCGCCCGGUAGCCUCCACUUCCCAGACGAAACCCCCAGAUCAGCCCAUCGUCCAAGGCCCUUACACAGGGACGCGGUACCCCCUUUCUACUCCCAGAGCCCAAGAACCGAAGGCCCGCGAAGCGUCUGCCUCCUGCCCCUAUUGCCAAGAAGUUAGGUUGUGGCCUUCAGAAGAAUCCGCAUCUCCGCGAGGCGCCAGAGAGACAGAAGGUUUUGCCUCCGCAAGGGGCUCAUCCAGACCCCCUCAGCAUAGCACUCAGCGGAAGACAGAGCCCUGCUUCCUGUGCAAGGGCAGCCGACACGCCAAGGGCCAAGUUGUGCAUGAGGCAGGCCCCAGGACAGAGAACGCCUUGCCGCCAGACUCUGAAGCACCACCGGAACCCAGGAAGCAGCAGCAGCCACCUCAGCGGCCGGGCCUGUGGUGUUGGGCGGUGCCAUCUGUCGGCUACGUCCCAGCGAUUCCCUUGGCCCCUUAUCCUCCGCCACCUGUAAUCUACUGUUCUCCAUCAGCACCUACCUCAACCUCCACCCCUGCUGGGCUUCCUGUGUAUGACUCGGGCAGGCAGCAAGCCCCAGAGCUGAAGACCUGGGCUUCGUGGCGUCAGACCCGAGGACAUGGCUCUUGCUCCUUGACGCUCAACUGCAGGGGCCUGCUGGACCUGAACUGGUCUCUGAGCCGUGCCGUGGAAGCCGCCCAAGGCAUGAAACUCACCACCAGGAAGAUGAGCCGGUCUCUGGCUUCCGAGCUGAGCAAAGCGAAGAGUCUGCGGGGCUCCUGCCUCUUCUAGCAAGAGAGACCCGAGGGGGCCUUUCCUCAUAUAGGUACUUCCUACCGAUGGUUCAGGGCUCUGCUCUGACUGGCAGCCACGCUCCAGGGUCUCAGGCGAGGGCCCUGCCAAUCCCCAGCUCUACCUGGAGAUGCCGCCAGGGAUCCAACCCGGGACUUUCUGCAUGAAAAGCAGCUGUUCUACCCCCAAGCUGUGACCUCGCCCCUGGGGUUCAGCUGGCACUGUAAGGAAAAGGAGACCAGGUUGUCCGGAGUAUGGAGAAAGAGCAGGCUUCUUCAUGGACAGUUGCUGGUGGUUCUGUGCCAAAGACUAACACUGUCGCCCCUUUCCCUUGAUGAGGGGAUCUCUCUUCAGUGUCUGGGGGUCGCACUGUUGUGUGAGAAGGAACCUGGGAGUUCCCUACACCUCCCGAGUGAGAGCCACAAGGGACCUGUGUCCACCUGCCCAUCCUCAAAAUGCUCUUGAUUGGGAGUUCAGAAGACUGAAAAAGGUCUCCCAGAGUUCCUCUUCUCUCCUGCCCUCAAGCUGUGCCUCUUCCUAGAGACAAUGCCGUGGCACUUUCAUGGAGCGGGGGAGAUAGAAGGGCAGGGCGGGGGGAGCCAGCCCGGUUGCCUUUUUAACAAAUUGACUCUGGGGCAGGGGUCUGUGUCUUAACUUUGCUCAGGGACCUGCCAUUCGCCCCAGUAGCCCUUCUGCUUCCACGAGAGACCCUUUGGGGAAGGUUGAGUCUAUCCCUUCCUCUCUGAGCUCUGUUCUUUCCUUCCUCCACAUUGCCUCAGCGGUUUUUUGCCUUAAUUCUUCAACCCCUUUGUCAGCUUGUCGGGAAAAGGUUGUAAACGUUCACUCAGGACCCCAAGUGCCUCCAGCUGCACUGAAGAAACCAACUGGGCCCGUGCCUGUUCUCCUAUGCUUUGGCCAGUUUAUUUAUAUUUUAAGGAAUCCAAUGAACACAAAGGUCUGUCUUAAGGCUCGUACGAAUGGUAACCGCUUCCUGUAGUGAAACGUUAAGCACUUUAGCAUCGCGGCGGGCAGCCAUCUUGGAAACGAGCAUUGGCCAACAGCUGAUCCUCAUACAGCGAGGCCUGCCUUUUCUCUGCUCAUGAGAAGUCACUAUUGUGAGUACUUUCAAAGGCACGGCUUAGCUUCUCCAUGCCUCGUGACCAGUCCGUGCCAGGAAGCUGCUAAGAGUUGGCCAUAAGAGCUAUGCGUUGGCUAUUGCAAAAACACCGACUUGUGGUCAUCUGUUUCCUAGUUCACACAAUCAAAAUCCAGGUGGGAGGGGCAGCCAGCUGGAGUAGGAGAGCUGGGCACAUUCCCGAGCGGCAGUCGUGUAAACUCCAAGUUCAAGGUAGGAGGAAGAGGAGGGGAGAGUGAUUGUGUGGGAGGCAGGAGCUGGGUGGGCAGGUGUGACCUAGUGGAUCCUCGCCCCAGCAUUUUAUCAAGGGUGGAGGAAAAAUCAUCCUGCCCUUCUCCAGCCUCCCAUCUGACCACUCUCCCCUCUUCUUACCUUGAUCUUUGAGUUUAUACGAGUGCCAAUUGGGAGCACACUUAGCUCUCCUAUCCUGGCUGGGGUCCUCGUACCUGCAUGUCUGUUGGCUGAACUAGCUGUGUAUGUGUGUGUUGGUGGGGAUGUGUGUGAGAGAACCAAUGAACAAACUUUUUUUUUAAGAAAGAGUGGAAUGGUGUUGGAUGGUAGCUAGAGAUGUCUCUUCCUUCUAAGGUUAUUUCUGGGUGUGGUUGUUGGUGGUGUGGUCUGGUGCCUGAGCAGGCAACCUUGCCACAACCUUAAAUUGUGUUUUGGGGUGAUUUUGGUCUGUAGUUCAACAGCAGCUGGAAAAGUGAUGGGAUUUUGACUCCCCUCUUUGUCAUUGACCCCAAAGGCCUGUAGCACUUCAUUUGGCGGAAAUCAGUGUGUGUUUUCUCCCCCGUUUCUGUCUCGGUGAUCAUGCUUGUGGGUUUUCUCUGCUCAAACCAAUUUGCAUGUCGCGCUCAAGUCACCCAACCCAACAUUAAGCGGACUCCAAAGACACCAUCCACUUGCCCGUGGAUGUCACGAAUGCCUUCGGUGCAUCAUAAUGCCACGGAAGCUGGAGACUGGGACUUGGCCAUUCAGCAACACACAAGAGAAUGCUGCUUUCCAGCUCAGACCUUGUUGAAAUCUGGUUUUGGUUAUUUGUUUUUUUAAAAAAAAUAAAGCCAUAAUUCCCA